UUGAAAAAGUAACCUCAAUUCGUACCGUUUAUUUUAUAAUUUAAAAAAAAAUAUGUGUUUAUGAAAAUCAAUUUAUAGAUGAUAAGCAUUUUAAGUGACUCAGAAAGACUUAGAUAACCAACAUCUUUCGAAAUGCAACUCGAGUGCUUAGAACUUGCUGGGUGCACCCUUGACCGCUAUAUAAACGCCGAUAAUUCCCGCCCUUCCUUUCUUGAGAUAACUGGUAUAUCUGCUCAAGGGAGUCCAACAUGCAGUGGCAUAAACGCCGGGGAUUACAGAAAUUUGGCUGCUCUGCUCAACCACCCAAAUUUAUCUCAACUAAAGAUAAUAAACAAAGUUCCAUUGCCACCAGAAAUAAUGGAGCACUUUGCACAUAUGCAAUGUCAUUGUUUGAUGGGAGCAUUUCCAGAAAUAAGUCGUGUAUGGCUUGCAAUAGAUAGCAACAUCUACGUAUGGGCUUUUGAGCAUGGCAGUGAUGUGGCCUACUUUGAUGGCUUAAGUGAAACAAUAGUCAGUGUGGGAUUGGUCAAGCCAAAGUCUGGUGUUUUUCAAAGUUUUGUCAAAUAUUUACUUGUAUUAACAACAACUGCUGAAAUUGUAGUUCUAGGUGUGACAUUUUCAAGCAAUAAGCAAGAUGGUAGUACAGAGUUUGAAGAAAUCCAUUUAGUGCCAGAGCCAGUUUUUGUUUUACCUACAGAUGGUGUCUCAAUGUUAUGUGUUAAAUCAACUUCUAAAGGCAGAAUAUUUAUGGGUGGUAAAGAUGGUUGUCUAUAUGAAAUAACAUAUCAGGCCCAAUUAGGAUGGUUUGGCAAACAUUGUAAAAAAGUCAAUCACUCAACAAGUGCAUUAUCGUUCCUAGUGCCAUCUUUUCUUAAUGCUGCAUUAUAUGAUGAAGAUUCCAUAGUUAAAAUCGAAGUAGAUAACACUCGCCAUGUUUUGUACACUUUAAGUGAAAAGGGAUGUAUUGAGGUAUUUGACUUAGGUAGUGAUGGAGAAAGUUUAACUAAAGUGGUGAGAUUAAGCCAAGGAAAAAUUGUAUCUUCAGCAGUUGAUAUAGUAAAAACAUUAGAAUCAAGUCAUUUUAAGCCAGUCAUUGCAAUAUCAGCUGUUGAGGAAACUGAAUCAGAUCAACUUAACUUGGUAGCAGUUACACAGACUGGUGCCAGACUCUAUUUUAGUGUUGGAAGUGGAGAUGUGAAUCAAGGUGGACAAAGGCCUCAGUACUUAUCAUUGCUACACGUGAGGCUGCCGCCUGGCUUCACGCCUAAUUCUUCUGUGCUAAAACCAAAACAAGUUCAUAGUGCUGUAUAUGACAAUGGUACACUUGUGAUGGUGUGUUCAUCCGGCGGUGGCAGUGAAGCCGAAUCUCUGUGGUGUUUGUCGCGAGUGCUGCCAGGUGCCGGCUUCAGCGAGGCACACACUGUGCUGGCACUGGACGGGCCAGCGUGGGCGCUUACUGCGUUGCCGCCCACGCACGCCGCACAUCUAUCCCCGGCUUUGCUGGCCAAAAGAGAGGUGUGGGCGUCAUCCCGUUGGGCAGUAGUAAGUGCUUGGGGCGCGGCGCUAAUGUCAGCGGGCGCGGCGCCGGACCUUCUGCGUGCGUUGUUGCGGGACUGUCGCGGCCCUGAAGCGCAACCUGUCAAGGACAUGUUCCAGCUUCACGGAGUUGAUCAGGCGUGCGCAUGCGCCCUGUACUUGGCGUGUGAGGACACAAGCGGGGACAUGUCCAUCAGCGAGUGGGCGGCGCGAGCUUUCCUGCUGUACGGCAAUCAGCCAGCACCCGCACCACUCUUCCAACAGAAUUCUCAUUCUCAAAUGCCUUCGUCUGUGGGUUCCCCAAAAUUUCUACCGCGUCAAGUAUCAACGCCCAUGUCUGUCCGGCCACAGGAUCAACUGAGACACGGUCAAAUGAAUCAAUCUUACCAAGCUCAUAUGAACCAGUCCAUGGGUAUGCAGAGCCAGUCGUUCAUGCCACAAACCUUCCAACAGAACAUGAGUCCUACACCUUUCAGUCAGUCUUCAUUUAUGGGCAAUGCCACUCAACAGACAAGAGACAAUUUUCCGAUCCAAGCGGAGUACAGCGCUAAACACAACGGCUUGUACAUUUACGUUGGAAGAAUUUUAUGCCCAAUAUGGAACUUAAAGUGCGUCACAAAAUCAAUGACGCCAGAUAAUAAAGAAUUUAUGUCAAGUAAAGUGACGGGCGAAGAUUGCGCCUACAUCGUAAAGAAACUGCAAAGGGUGGCCGCGUUCGUACAGCGGCUAAUGGCCCCUCCGCAUUCAGAAGAACAAGCUUCGUUACACGCCUUGAAACUCUUUAUUACAAUGGCUAUAGAAAUGUUGAAUCUAUGGAAAGUUCUUUGCGAGCACCAAUUUCACGUGAUAGCUGCUAGUCUCCCUCCGGAACAACAAAGUGCAUUGCAGGCGGCUAGUUUUAGAGAACUGUUAGUAGGCGGCCAAGAAGUCGCGUCCCUCCUACUCGGGUCACUCGUUGCUGGUUAUUUGAGAGAUAACGCUUCUGUUGAUGGGAUCUCACAAAAAUUAAGACAACUCUGUCCAACGUUAUAUAGACAAGAAGAUGCUACUUGUUCCAAAGCAAAUGAACUAUUGAUAUUUGCAAAGCAACAGAAGAAUACAGCCGAACGUGAAGAGAUGCUUCAACAAGCUUUGAAGCUUUGUAAGGAUGUAGCUCCAAAUGUUAACCUUCCGCUGGUUUGUUCAAAACUCGUGUCAGCUGGCUUCUACACUGGAGUUGUGGAGCUAUGCGUAGCGUGUGCUAGUAAAUUGGACCCUCAGGAUAAAGCUGUCUACUAUUACAAGAGCGAUCAACCGUCGCAAGAUAGGGAGGGACAUUUGAUGUACUACAGAAGAAUGGAGAUCUAUCGAGAAGUAUGCGUGGCCUUAGAACGGCUAUAUGAACGUAGUAGCGACGCGAACACAUCUACGACGCAGUCUGACGCGAACCAUACACUGACGUCGGCUGAUUCUAACUAUCAGGGUAGACAGUUGGUUUGGGACUGCUUGUGUCGGGAUGAUGAGCUCCUACAUGUGGCAGUUUAUGAGUGGCUCGUUUCCAAAAAUUUAGGCUCAGAGUUAUUGUCAUUGAGUGGUGCUCCCCCUGCGACUCUGCGUACGUACCUGUCAGCGGCGGCUCGACAAGCGCCGGCUCCAGCAUCAUUGCACUUGCUGGACCUGCUGUGGAAGGUGCUGGAAAAAGCGGGAGACUCCUUGGCCGCUGCACAUGUGCUUGAAGGACUCGCAACCAAGCCUGGCACCGGCGCAACAUUAGCCCAGCGUAUGUCGUGGGUGUCGGCGGGGGUGGUGUGCGUGCGAGGGGCGGGGGCGCGGGCGGCGGGCGGCGCAGAACUUCUCCGACGUCUUGAGGAGGCCGUGGAAGUUGCGCGCGUACAGGCCGCAGUCCGUGCCGCGCUACGUGCCGCACCCGUGCCACCACCGCACCACUUGCUACAACGACUGGAUGACGAGCUACUUGAAAUCACGCAGCUGUACGAGGAAUACGCGGACCGCUACAACCUAUGGGAAUGCAAGCUCGCCAUAGUUCAGUGUUCCGGGCACAACGACGCGCUUUUAGUAGAGAACAUAUGGAGUAAUAUCCUAGCCGAGGCUGAGGUGGCUGCAAGGGUAUUGCCCACUCCCGAUGAGAGGCUAGGCUCUGUUCUCAGCAAACUAACCACUAUGGGCCGAGAAUACGUUAAUACCGGACACUGUUUUCCGUUGUAUUUUAUUGUUCGCCAAUUAGAAAUAAUGAGUUGUAAGUUACAAGCUGAGAAGAGCAUGGUGUUUAAAACAAUAUUAAAUAUAGGCGUUUCUUUGGAGCAAGUAUUGGAUAUCUAUAUCAAAUUGGUGAGCGUGAACGAGCGUGUUUGGCUGGGGUGCGGCGACGAGUCGCACGUGUGCGCCGCAGCGACGAUGCUAUUGGACGCGGCGCGUGCGGAGCUAUCACCCCUACCGCCCACACCGCGACGCCGUGCGCUCACUCGCUGCAAGGACCUGCACGAGGCCACACUGUCCGCGCUACAGAGCCGACCUAAUACCCAACAACUUAUUGAUAAGUUGACCGUAGCGCAAGCACAUCUAGACCGUUUGGAUUGAUCAAAUCACUGCGCAGGACGUUAAUAUAUCAGGUCAAAUGAAAUCUAGCGCCAAGUAAAAUCAUUUAUGUAUUCUGAAGAGAACCCACUGAGUUUUGCUACUUUCGUAUUUUUAUGAUGAAAAGAUUUUUUGAAUUGAGACAGUUAAGGUAUACUAGAUACUGAUGUAAGUGCUGAAAGUAUGACACGCACGUGUAUUAAAACUUGUUUUUUAAUACAUUUGCGAAAGAAUAUCAAGGGAGACCGCUUGAUUUAUUACAAUCAUACGGUCUCCUAUAGUCGUAAAAAUGUAAUAGCCCCGUUGACAUUUGUGCAAGACCAUAGAAUGUAACUUGGAACGAAACUGAA